AUGCCGUUUGAUGAGACAAAACCGUCAGAUGAAGAUCACGGUGCUCUCAACCCUUUUACUAGGAUGUCUCUUGGUCAUGACUGUCCAAGGGGAUUCUUCAGCAAGAGUUUUUCCAGCAGAUGGCAUGAUCUGACUACCACAACUUCAACUGCAGGUAAGGUAGAGAAUAAAAACAAGCUUGGAGUGUCUGCUCAAGAGGAACCAUUUAUGAAAAAUGGAGCUGGUCAGGUGAGGAAGCUAGGGCUUGGGGGAAAGAAAUUUAGCAGAAAGGAAGUGACAUAUGUUGAUUAUUCUAAGAAUGGAAAAGGAGCAGAUGGAGAGACUUCAAAGAUUUCAGGUAACGAUAGUGGUAGUUUGAAGAAGCCUUCUGGAUCACGAGACCAAAAGAAUGAUGCUCAGAAGCUUGUAAUAACGGGGCCAAAGCAAUAUUUGAAAUCCACCAAAUUUGUUAUUCUAAGUAGUAUUCCCCCCAGCACGAACCCGAAGUCAUGUUCACAAGAUUGCAAAUACAACAACUUACGAAGUUCCUCAAGUCCCGAACAACAAAUUUCUGAAGAACCAACACAAAGUAGCACUCAAAAAGAUGAGACACAGAGAUUCUCUGAAGCUGCAAAAGAGAUUGCAAGCCUGAUAUAUAAGGAUUAUAAGGGAAAACCAAGCCACAGGUCACCCAUCAAUAAUCAAGAGCCUAAAAAUUGA